AACAAAAGAGCAGAAAAGGAAAACUGAAGCAAAGGAGAAAGGAAGGAAAGAAUCCAGCAUUUUUAAAGGUGUCAAGUUCAUUCCAAUCCAAGAAGAAAAUCACAAAGACAAGAAAAAGAUUAAUACCCCCCACUGGGCAAAAAGCUUAAGUGGCACAUCAAAGGACAAAACAGAACAGAGAAUGCAAAAUGAGGAGAAACAGUGGAAGUGGUCAGAGUAUAGGAUGGGUAUCAACAAAAUCCUUAUUUUCCAUACAAAAUUGCAGUCGGAGAAGACAUUUCACAGAUGCUCAGAGUGUGGAAAAAGUUUUAGAAAGAGGGGUAACCUUAUUGUACAUCAGAGACUGCACACUGGAGAAAAACCAUAUACAUGCUCUGAAUGUGGAAAGAGUUUCACUCGCCAUUCAGGCCUUGCUUCCCAUGAAAGAAUUCACACAGGGGAGAAACCAUAUAAAUGCUCUGAAUGUGGAAAGAGUUUCAGUCACUUUUCAAGCCUUGCUUAUCAUGAAAGAAUCCACACAGGGGAGAAGCCGUAUACAUGCUCUGAGUGUGGAAAGAGCUUCACAAUCUUCUCAUCCCUUACUUCCCAUCAAAGAAUCCACACAGGAGAUAAACCAUAUCAGUGCUCUGAGUGUGGGAAGAGUUUCAGUCAUCAUUCAAGCUUUACUUCCCAUCAAAGAAUUCAUACAAGAGAAAACCCAUAUAAGUGCUUAGAAUGUGGAAAAAGCUUCAACCACAGUGCAAGCUUUAUUUACCAUCAAAGGAUCCACACAGCAGAGAAAUUAUAUAAAUGCCCAGAGUAUGAAAAGAGCUUCAGAAACCACUUAAGCGUUAUUUUUCACACAUUCCACAUUGGGGAGAAACCAUAUAAGUGUACCAAGUGCAGAAACAGUUUCAGUCGUCCUUCAAGCCUUGCUUACCAUCAAAGAAUCCACACAGGGGAGAAACCAUAUAAAUGCACCAAGUGUGGAAAGAGUUUCAGUCACUUUUCAAGCUUUGCUUACCAUGAAAGAAUCCAUACAGGGGAGAAACCAUAUAUUUGCCCAGAGUGCGGAAAGAGCUUCACAGUCUGCUCAUCUCUUGCUUCCCAUCAAAGAAUACACACAGGGAAAAAACCAUAUAAAUGCACUGAGUGUGGAAACAGUUUCACUCACCCCUCAAGCCUUGCUUCUCAUCAAAGAAUUCACACAGGGGAGAAACCAUAUAAAUGCUCUGAAUGUGGAAAGAGCUUCACUUACAGCUCGGGCCUUUCUUCUCAUCAAAGAAUCCAUACAGGGGAGAAACCAUAUAAAUGUUCAGAAUGUGGAAAGAGUUUCAGUCACUGCUCCGGCCUUGCUUCUCAUCAAAGAAUUCACACAGGGGAGAAACCAUAUAAAUGUUCUGAGUGUGGAAAGGGCUUCACUUAUAGCUCAGGUCUUUCAUCUCAUCAAAGAAUCCAUACAGGGGAGAAACCAUACAAAUGUUCAGAAUGUGGAAAGAGCUUUAGUCACUGCUCAGGCCUUGCUUAUCAUCAAAUGAUCCAUACAGGGGUGAAACCAUAUAAAUGCUCUGAGUGUGGAAAGAGCUUUGGCCAUAGGGGAAAUCUUACUUCCCAUCAAAAGAUCCAUACAGGAGUGAAACCAUACACAUGUUCUGAGUGUGGAAAGAGUUUUGGUCACCGCUCAGGCCUUUCAUCUCAUCAGAGAAUCCAUACAGGGGAGAAACCAUACCACUGCUCAGAAUGUGGAAAGAACUUCAGUCACAGUUCAGGCCUUGCGUAUCAUAAAAUACUUCAUACACAAGAGAAAUUAUAUAAGUGCUCAGAAUGUGGAAAGGGUUUCAGUCACAGCUCCGGCCUUGCUUCCCAUCAAAGAAUCCAUACAGGAGAGAAACCCUAUAAAUGCUCAGAGUGUGGAAGGAGCUUCAGACAGAGCUCAAGACUCACUUCCCAUCAAAGAAUCCACACAGGGGAGAAACCAUAUCAGUGCUCAGACUGUGGAAAGAGUUUCAGUCAUGAUUCAGGCCUUGCUUCCCAUCAAAGAGCUCACACAGGGGAGAAACCAUUUACAUGCUCUGAGUGUGGAAAGAGAUUCAGUCAUCGUUCAGGCCUUGUUUACCAUCACAGAAGCCACACGAGACAAACAAUAUAA